CCAGGCCGGGUCCACUUGGGGGCUCACGGUCUGCCCGGCUGUGCACCCCGAGGAGGCCGGGCCCCUGUGUCCAAUCCGGAAGUCGCAGGGAAGUGGGGAGGUCAGGAUGGUGGCGCCCGCGGCUCGGGUCCUCCUCCGGGCAGUGCGCGCGGCUCUCGCUUCCACGGUCCCGGACCUGCUCUGCCUCCCGGCCCGAGGCUCCCCACGUGGCCUCGCGUCUGGUCGCCUACCCCUCGCGGCCCGCUCCUCGCAGCAUGGACCUGGAUCCGGGGCGCCUUGGUUGCGAAUUGCCAGGAGGGCCCUGAGAUUUGUGUUGUCAAAACACUGGGGGGAUGAUUGUUACCCGACAAACUGCCUCUGGCAGGACCUGAAGCCUCCCCGUCACCUCGGGAACGGGCAGGAGCCCAGGCUGGCGCCUCCGGUGCAAUGGGCUCUUCCCCCAAGGAAUUUAGAACGAGUCCACGUGGACACGCAAGUCUCAGCGAGUGGGGAUUUCCUGCGAGGCCGAGCGCGAGGACGAGCCGGCCUCGGAGGCUCUGGCUUGGGCUCGGGGUCUCCCCGGGAACGCGGCGGGCGGAGAAGGUCGGGGCGCUCGCCGGGCUCGGCGCAGUCCUCCGUGUCGCGGGCGAAGGAACCGACGCAGGCCAGGAGUGGUGCGCGCGGGCGGCGAGGGGGCGCUGUGGCCCGUGUCUGCCGGCCUGAGUCCUGGCAACGGUGGGCGCGACCCACCUCCUCCCACGUCGGCUUAAUUCGGGGAAGAAGAAAAAACGGCAUCAAGGCAUUUCAAUAAAACUUAAGCGGUUCCUGAUCCUUUCUCAUUGUGGUUCCUUAUGAGCUUUCGGUGUCUAGGGGGGAAACAGUUACCGUUCGGGGGUGUGGCAAACUUUUUUGGCAAUUAAGAUGAAACAGACACGUUUUAUGUGGGUUUCCUUUAAUGAAGUAACAUUGGAAAUAUAAGUAGUUUCAGUGCAUCAAAUCACAUCGCUACCGUAUUCACGGUCACCGGUCACUGGCUCUCCCGUUCCAGGGCUCCCCGCGUUUGUCGAGGGAAAGAGCGAGGCAGAAACAGGGGGAUGGGGACGUGAGAAGCUUGGCUAAGCAAUUUUUCUUUUCUUUGAAAACAAAUACGUCGUCAUAAAUGGAACAAAAUUUAAGUCAGCAUGGAACGCACAUCUCUUUCAAACGUCGUUUCCAGGUCUAGUACUCUGUGAGUAGGUUGGAUUGGAUUUCACGCGCAACUGGCAUUUCUAGGUUCUCAAAGACGCUUCUGAGGCCUAAAUGUUUUUCUGGAAAACACGUGCAGAGGAGCAUCCGUGGGAGACUGAGGGGCCCCCGCAGCUCCAGUCCUGGCAGGAUGUGCGAGGCCUCUCGAGAUUUUCAAAUGGACCCCCGAGGCCUGGGAGAUCCCCGAGUAGCCACGUGGGAGCCACUUUAGGGACUCCGGGCGGUGGCUACUAUGGGCUGGGAGGGUCCCCGCCUGGGCUGCUCCCAGCGCCUGGACCUGGGACCCUACAGCGCGCUCUUUUCUUUUUCUUUCAUUUCUUUCCUUUUUAUGUAUUUAUUUAUAAUUUACAUUCCAGGGACCUCGUAUUCAGCUAACCAGCUCUUGCUUACUUAACCGCCCUGUUUUUAGCUCCGGAUUUCUGCGGCGUCUCCCCAUGGCUAACUUGCCCUUCCCGGCUUCCUUUACUGCUCUGCAAAAUUUGCCUUCCUUCCACAGAUGCUCCGCCUCCGACGUGCUUCCUGAAGUUUCUCUCCCGCGCAAGGUCCCCACAAUCGUGAAUUCUCCAACAUCUCGCCAACUCCGUCUCUAUCCUCCUCUCCUCCCUAAUCUCGCGCUGGCUUCGCCCUCUUUCUCUCUCCUCCUCCUUCCUACGCGCCCCGCCCCCUCCCCCCAGGUCGCCGUUCUCCCGGUCCGGGUCGGGAGCGCCUGGUGGUCAGGCGUCCGCGCGGCUCCAGUUCGAGGUCCCGCCACGCUGGGCCGCUCGUGAGCGGCUCUCACCCGGCGCACCCUGGAAACGGCGCGUCCAGCCAGCUGCGGCUUCAGCCCGGGAGGGAGUGCGGCGCGGGGAGCCUGCAGCGCCUGGAGAGGGAGAAAAGGGACAUUUCCGUGGAAAUGGACAGACCCGAGUUCCUUGAAGGGAUCGCAGUUGAAAGAGACCCUCUUCAGAAUCAGCAACCACCUGACCGCCCUCGUUCCUCCACAGGAGAUGGUUUGAAGAUGAAAUGUUUGAAACUCCGCCGCCGUUUCACCUUGGCACACACGCGCACGGCAGGCCCAGAUCCGCACAGAGACGCAGACACGCGCGCACUCGCGCUGCCCGGGGAGGUCGGCGUGUCUUGCUGAAGCUGCUCUGGUCAAGUGGAGUUGUCAGGGCUUUGCUUUGUUUUUGUUUUGUCUUUUAAAUGUGCGGGAGACAGUCUUCGGCAGAACUUAGCUCCCUCAAUCCUCCGUCCCUCCAGCAGCUCCUCCGUGGCUUUGCAAUCUUCUUUUUAAACACCAGAGCGCACCUCGGUGCUGGCCUCGGUGGGGGUGGGGGGCGCGGGGUGCGCGGUCACCCAGGAGGCUGCGGAGAGUUCAGGGGUCAGCUCCGUCCCAACGAGAGCAGAUAGGACUCCAGGCUCGCAAGAAACAUUGGAGAAAAGGAAAUACUUUCUCGAGUGUUUUUACAAUUAUUUUAAUCCAACCAGCGAGGCUCUGAAGAGCGUUUAUCUUGAGGCCGUGUUGAAUACCCUUUGCCAACUGUAAAUUCGGCGUUGUGUGCCCGAAACAGCCAGCUCUGACCAGGGGUUCGGCAGCACAUAGCCAGACACACACCGAACUCCUCCUUCCCAAACCCCUCUGCAAGAUCCUACACCCCUGGAGUAUAUAGGCAGGCGGAGGGGAGGGUUGGGUUUUGCUUUCUUUGCUUUUUUUUUUUAAAUAUCUAUAUGACUGGGAAUGCAGAAAUUUUAAAAAUGGAUACAUUCGAGUGUGUUAAAAGUAAACACGUCCUUGAGCAAAACAUAAACUGCUAACCCCCACGGGGGAGAAGAUAUUUGCCCUACCUGUAAAUAACAAAGACUCCUCUACAGCACCAGGAGGAAUUCUGACUGCCAAUGGGCGAAGACGAGGCAUCCAGGGAAAUAAAGGGGCAGGGAUAGGGGCAGCCCUUCACGCAGAGGAGACGCCUGAGAAUGCGCAAAUUCACUGGUUGUCUAUCUCUAGGCAACAGGAGAUGCCACUUCACACUCAUUGAUGACACCCAGCAAGGCCUAGAGUGUGCACUAUUGAAACUCUUCCUGCGGUGCAACUUAAAUUUCUAUAGAGAAAUUCGGGAGACAUUUGGCUGCAUCUGAGAGAACAGAAGGUGCGUGCUCCCUGGCACCCAGCACACAGGUGCUGCGGAAGCGGGGACGGACGAGGCAUCCCUGGAGCAUGGUUUGCAGGAGUGCAGGACUAGAAGCCCCCUCCAAGGCCUCCACUCCAGGCCUGGAUAAAGAAUUCGUGGCAUAUUUCACCGAACAGAAUGUCCCCUGGGGCGAAAGGGGAUGAAGUCAUUCUACUUGUACCAACUUGAGUGCCUCCUAAAAGUGUAACCUUGGGGGCGGGGAUACAGAAGGGUGAUGCUGACAAUGGAAUUUAAAAACAAACAGCAAUAUUUUGUGGUGUCUACAGGCAUGGGGGUGGGGGUGCAGCAGCAUUACCAUGGGAACAAAAGUCUCCCACACAUGUCAGGCCUGCGGAAUCUUUAAAGAGGGAGAGUGGGCAUGGGAGGAGGACUUAAACUCUGUUAGUCAUGUUUUAUUUCUGAAAAAUAGAUCUGAAGUAACUGUAGUAACAUCUUAACAAUUCUUACCUUGGAAUACUGGUUCCAUGGGUUUAUAUUACUCUUUUUUCAUCGGAUGAAAUAUAUUCUGACAAAACUAAAUAGUAGCUUUUUAUUAAAAUGUCAUAUGCAUUGAAGUAUAAUGUGAUAAUUUGGGAUUAAUUCAUUUAAAUAAAACAGCUUUCUUA